AUGUCGGCUGCGCAGGCGGACGAUGCGAUUGAUCUGCGAUCCAUCGCAUCUGCUCAAGACAGACCCUCUGCAGAGCACGAACCUCCGAUCGACUUGGAUCCAGUGGAUGAUGGCAGCAACGGUGACCUCCCACCCAUAGACGGCGGCAGAGCAGCUUGGCGGCUUUUAUGGUCUGCAUUCAUCUUCGAAGCACUCCUCUGGGGUAGGCUCAUCUGUAUCCUCGCCAUACUCGUCUCCUCAUUCACACACUCACUCGCAACAAUCAUCUUGACGCAAGGUGUGAUGUACGGCGUGGGAUUCGUUAUCUUCUACUACCCGAUCUUGAGUAUGGUCAACGAUUACUGGGUCGCACGACGUGGGUUGGCAUAUGGUAUUCUCUGCAGUGCUUCUGGAGUUGCUGGUGUCGUCAUGCCGUUCUCCCUAGAAGCAAUGCUUCAUCGCUUCGGCGCACCAACAACACUCCGAGCGGCUUCAGGCUUACUGGCGGUGACGACUGGGCCGUUCCUGCUGUUUCUGAAGCCGAGGCGGCCGGGUUCGAGUAUGUCUGGCGCCGCUGAGACCUCGGCGGUGCCGCUCAAACCAGAUUACGCCUUCCUACAGAGUCCACUUUUCUGGAUCUAUUCAACGUCCAAUAUCUUGCAGGGCCUUGGGUUCUUCUUCCCGGCGCUUUAUUUGCCAUCAUAUUCGACUUCUCUCUCGCUGAGUUCGCGGACAGGUGCUUUACUACUCGCCCUCAUGUCUGUCGCUCAAGUCCUCGGACAGAGCACUUUCGGCUACCUAUCGGAUCAGAAGCAGAGCACAUCUGCUUCGAUGCUUACAAUGCUCAGUCUGGUCAGCACGGUAGUGGCAGGGGCAGCAAUGCUCUCGUGGGGCGCCAUGAACACCCUUCCUGCUCUGAUUGCGUUCGCCCUCGUUUAUGGCUUCUUCGGUACCGGCUACACAGCGCUUUGGGGCCGCAUGGGCACGAGUGUCACCAAGGACUCCACGAGUGCAUUCAUGGCGUUCGGGCUAUUCAACUUUGGCAAGGGUGUCGGGAAUGUACUUGCAGGCCCAGUUGGAGGUGGGCUGCUGGGAGAGCAAAUAGGCAGCGGCGGGAGCCAAGGCUACGGGAGAGGCCAGUACGGCGCAAUCAUACUGUUUGCAGGAAGCUGUAUGUUGGCAAGUGGUGGUUGUGUUGGAAUGGGGUUGGUCAGAGGAUGGGAAAAGGUCCGGCAAGUCACGGAGUAA